UGAAGAAGUGCUGAAGUAGCCUAGACCAGCAGCAGAGUAAAAAGACGACUGUUUACACAAACUCUAACAAUUUAAAAUCGUCAACUGCUUACUCAAAAGUUAAACUAUGGUAUUUUAAAAAUAAAUAACAAAGAUUCUCCAUAUGAAUAUGGUGAUGAUUGAAAUUGAUGAUGAAUCAUAAGUUCAGUUAGAGUAGUUAGAUAAAGUUUCAACAAUCAGCAUGAAUAGAAAGAAAUCCCUAAUCACUGAGGAAAAUAGCUCAGCAGAAUUGGCAGCUUCAUCACCUAAAGCGAAAGUUGCUAAAUUAGAUGAAAUAGAAAAUGUUUGUCACCAGGACGUCGAAGAGAGUAAUAAAUCUACAAACAACUGUAAUGGAAAUGAGACCCAUUCAAAGUCGGAAUCAGUUACCACAAUUUUUGCUGGCGCUAAACCAGAAUUAAAUAGUAAAAUAUUCUGUGAAAAACAGGAACAACAACUGUGUAGUAACUUUAUGCUGAAAUCUGAUUAUGGUGUAAAUGAUGUGAUGUUGAACUUCUCCCCAUUUUGCCAUUGUGAAUUGAAAAAUUUCAUAUCCAAUACUGAGUUUGUUAAAACUUUAGAAUCUUUUCUACUGGGGCUUCAGCUUAGGAACAAGAAUAAUGAUUUGUACAAGUUUUCCCUGAGUGUUGAUCUUAUAUCGGAUGAGUCUCCAGUUAUUUCUGAUUUUAGAAGGAUUCUUUGUGAGGAAGUAAAAAGCUUUAUUUCUAAGGUUACACAAAUAAAGCUGAAUGCUAAAGUGGAUCUUUUUUGUUCAAAAUAUAAAUACACAGAUGUUUUGCUAUGCCAUGAUGAUGAACUAGAGAAGCGCAGAAUUGCCUUCAUUUAUUACCUGGUACCAGAGAACUGGUCAGCCGCAGAUGGUGGCACAUUGGACCUUUUUGAUACAGAUGAUAAUGGACAGCCAAGUUGUGUUGUUAAGUCUGUUGUCCCAACAAGAAAUAGCUUUUUGUUCUUUGAAGUUUCUACAAAAUCCUUCCAUCAGGUAGCUGAGGUUCUAUCCCAGGAUAAGACAAGACUUUCAAUCAGUGGCUGGUUUCACGGCACACCUGUCACCCGACCACCUGUCUAUGUGGAGCCCUUGCCACCUGCUUUACCUUAUGGCAGCAUUGAUGAGGACAUAUUCUAUUCCUGGUUGAAUCCUAUCUACCUUGACAUUGAAGUACAGGCAGAUAUAAGGACAAAAUUUGAAGCAGAGUCUGAAAUUGAAUUAACAGAUUUUUUGCAGGAAGAGAAGUAUGAAUCUUUAAUGAGUGCCAUUCAAGAUGCUAACAUUGAGUGGUCACUACUGGGUCCAGCUAAUAAAAGAAAAUACUACCUGGCAGAUAAGGAAAAGCUUCCAUCAGUGGUGGCUGAAUUCCUCACCUUUUGUCAUUCUGAUGCAGCCUUCCUCCUGCUGUCUAACCUGACUGGCUUAAAGCUGCACCCCCUCGCUCCUGUGUCAGAUGAUGAAGAUGACACUAACGCUGCAGGGUCAUCUGCAGGGUCAUCAUCCAGUGGAGCAGCCAGCAACCCCAAAUGUCGGAGUGAGGUCCGCAGGUGGGAACAUGGAUGCUACACACUGGCACAUGACACGGAUGUGGAUAACCUGGAUUUUGCCUUAGACUUGAUGUUGUAUGUUGGCUGUGAUAAAGACUGGCUGUUUGAAAACGGUGGCUACACAUCGUACAUAGCUAAAGGGGAGGAUGAGGAGCUUUUGUCCGUGUGUCCAUCAAGAAAUUCACUAGCCCUCGUGUACAGGGACAAGCACACGAUGAAGUUUGUCAAGCACAUGAACCACAGGGUCACCCAGAGGUCACCAUCAGUUUUUUAUGAAAUUAAUGCAGUUUAUUAUGAAUAAUGAAUGUUCUUUAUUUUUAAUGGAGGGGGGUGAAGUUAAUCUAAUGUAAAAUUCUUUUAUUAGCUGGAGUACAAAUUUUAUUGGUUUAUUACCGGAUCUUCUGCCUAAAUUUGCAUGUAAAUUAACAACCAAUCAGAAUUAUACAUUCAGCACAAAGUAAUGAUAAUGCAAAUGGGAUUAUAGAUACACGGUAGUUCAGCUAUGAGGCAGU